GGAUUGUACUCCAGGCUGCACUCCUCGGUGUAAUCACCAUUCAGACUUUUCUCUAUUACAAAAGGUUUUCCGAGGACCAUUUCUUUCAGAAGACUGUCAUCGGAUUCUUAUGGCUCAUGCAGAUGUUUCAAGUGAUAGCUUCGCUUUACGUGUUUACAUGGAUUGUCGAGCAUUUUGGGAAGUUGACUAUACGAUGUUAUCUAUGGUUAUUUGCUCUGCCAUCGUCCAAUUUUUCUUCAUCCUAAGACUCUAUCGACUCAGUGGAUCAACCUGGCUACCAACGUCAAUUGUUUUCCUGACUCUGGGGCAGUUUGGGACCGGUGUUGCGCUCUUUGUUAAAGCAAAUGCUACUCACAGUCCCGAAAACGUACUCUUUUCCAAAGGCCCACUCGCUAUAUCGUGGCUAACACUAGAGGCAGUGGCUGAUCUCGUAAUUGCCUUCGCUAUGUCAUAUUUCCUCCAGAAGCGUCGCACAGGAUUUCGGCGGAUGGACACAGUGUUACGGAAGUUAACAGCAUAUGCCAUUAGCACUGGCCUGGUGACUGGCCCCCAAUUUAUCCCCAUGAUUUUCAUCUUUGUGCUUGGAGGCGUCUAUACUACAUCUCUCUUAGCAAAUUUACAUUCGCGCUCGAAACUCUGGAGUGAACUUCGUUUCGAGGGAGACAACGGAAUUUCAAUACAUUUGUCCCGUCUUCCUUCCAGGAUACGCAAUAAUACAAGUGCUGUCACUCGGCACGUAGAAGGACACCAUUCGGACGAAGGCACAGAUCAAGCCCAAUGAGCAGAUUCAUGUCUUUGGCGUCGCCAGCCAAAAUUUAGGUCGGACGAUCGAGCGAUCUAAAUCCAAAUCUCGCAAGUGCAGCGAAACUGUGUGCCCAGCAUCUUUAUUGAAAACUGGUCA